UUCCUUCACACGGUCGUCCGAGGAAAAUGCCUUCCAUCAAGGCUGCGUUCCUGGCCGCUGCCACUUCUGUAGCAGCUUACGACUACUCACAGCUAGCUGCUAGCAAAGACAACUAUGGAGCACCGUACCCAGAUACCACCUAUCCGGGAUACGAAAGCCAGUCUCCCGCUGUGCUGAGCGGCAGUUCGAGCUUCCAAGCUUCUCCUCCAAAGUAUCCUUCACCAUGGAUGGAUGCCAGCUACGGCGACUGGGCUGGAGCAUACAAGAGGGCACACGAUUUCGUAAGCCAGCUUGCACUGGCUGAGAAAGUCAACUUGACCACUGGUACAGGUUGGCAGCUCGAGGCAUGUGUUGGCAACACGGGUGGCAUUCCACGACUGGGCUUCCGCGGCCUCUGUCUCCAGGAUUCCCCAACCGGUAUCCGCAUGACAGACUUCAACUCUGUUUUCCCGGCAGGUGUCAACGUUGGUGCUACCUGGGAUCGCAAACUUGCCUACGCUCGAGGCAAAGCAAUGGGCGACGAGCAUCAUGGAAAGGGCAUUGAUGUUCAGCUUGGUCCCGUUGCGGGACCCCUGGGUCGUACGCCAGAGGGUGGCAGAAACUGGGAAGGCUUCAGUCCUGACCCUGUUCUCACUGGCCAACUGUUCGCCGAGUCCAUCAAGGGUAUCCAGAGUGCCGGUGUCAUCGCGACGGCCAAGCACUACAUCAUGAACGAGCAAGAUCACUUUCGCUUGGUCCAAGACUCUGAGAAGUUCGGCUACAACAUCUCUGAGCCUUACUCUGCCAACUUGGAUGACGAGACCCUGCACGAGCUCUACCUCUGGCCUUUCGCAGAUGGUGUCAAGGCUGGUGUUGGAUCCGUCAUGUGCUCGUAUAACCAAGUGAAUGACUCCAACGCCUGCCAAAACAGCUAUAUUCUCAACUAUGUGUUAAAAUCGGAGCUCGGAUUCCAAGGUUUUGUGAUGAGCGACUGGCUGGGAACCCAUUCUGGUGUCUCCAGUGCACUGGCAGGUCUCGACAUGACUAUGCCGGGCGAAGCAACAAAUUACAACCAGCUCGACUCUUUCUACGGCACUAACCUCACAGUGGCUGUCCUCAAUGGCACCGUCCCAGCAUGGAGAAUCGACGAUAUGGCCAUGCGUAUCAUGGCAGCUUUCUUCUACGUGGACGGCCAAGUAGAGCGUGAACCUGAGAACUUCCAGUCCUGGACGACAGAUACAUAUGGCCCACUUCACUUCUACACAGGCGAAGGUGGCAUCCAGCAGAUCAACCAGCAUGUCAAUGUCCAAGGCGAUCACGGCAAAUUGAUCCGCCAGUGGGGCGCUGAGAGCACUGUACUCCUCAAGAACGUCAACAAUGCACUUCCACUGUCCGGCAAGGAGCCACUCACUGCUGUAUUCGGUGAAGAUGCUGGUCCAAACCCAUCUGGUCCAAACUCAUGCUCCGACCGCGGUUGUAACAAUGGUACCCUCGGAAUGGCUUGGGGCUCUGGAACCGCGGAGUUCCCAUACCUCGUCACUCCAGACACAGCAAUCCAGAACGAAGUAUUGGCCAAUGGCGGUGCAUAUGAAUCCAACCUGGACAACUGGAACCUUGAGCCCAUCGGCAAGCUCGCGCGCCGUGCCAACGUCUCCAUCGUCUUCGCGAACUCAAACAGUGGCGAGUGGUAUCUCGAAGUUGAUGGCAACCUCGGUGACCGCAAUAACCUGACAUUCUGGCAAGGCGCGGACGAGGCUAUCGAGCGUGUCGCAGGCAACUGCAGCAACACUAUUCUUGUUGUUCACUCCGUCGGCCCGGUCUUGCUCGAGAAGUACAAAAACCACGAGAACAUCACAGCUAUCCUUUGGGCUGGUGUGCCGGGCCAAGAGAGCGGCAAUGCCAUCGCUGACGUGCUUUAUGGACGUGUCAAUCCAGGCGCGAAGCUGCCUUUCACUAUUGGCAAGGACCGCAAAGAUUAUGGCGCGGAUAUUUUGUACUCCGAAACAAACGAUUCGGUUCCGCAGAUCAAUUUUCAAGAGGGACAGUUCAUCGAUUACAGGGCUUUCGACAAGCACAACUCGACUCCUUCGUACGAGUUUGGGUUCGGCCUGUCAUUCACGACUUUCAACUACAGCAACCUCGAAAUUUCGAAGCUGGAAGCCCCAGCUUACACGGCCCCCUCCGGCAAAACGAAGCCCGCUCCAACGAUUGGCAACUUCUCCACAAAGGCCGAAGACUACGUAUUCCCAGCCAACUUCAGCCGUGUCCGCGGAUUCCACUACCCAUGGUUGAACUCGACCAACUUCACCCUCGCAACUGAUGAUCCACACUACGGCCUCAACAUCUCCCUUCCUGCGCAUUCACAAGACGGCUCUGCUCAGGUGAUCCCCAAGGCUGGAGGUGCCCCAGGUGGUAACCCUCGUCUCUACGAUGUUCUCUACAACAUUACAGCCACCAUCACGAACACUGGCAAGGUUGCUGGUUACGAGGUUCCACAGCUGUAUGUCAGUCGAGGAGGACCUUACGACCCAGUGCGUGAGCUCAGAGGUUUCGAAAAACUCUGGAUCGAGCCUGGUCAGAGCAAGACGUUUGCUGUUGGCCUCACGAGAAGGGAUAUCAGCAGCUGGAGCACCGUGGAGCAGGAUUGGUUUGUGAGAAACAGCACCAAGAAGGUCUGGGUUGGCAGCUCUAGCAGACAGUUGCCAUUGACUGCUACACUGCCUCAGUAAGUGUCAAGCGGGAAAACAGAAACAGGGUGGACAACGCCAGCGACCUUUCGUCAUGAAUCGUUAUGUGAGAUUUGAGAAAUUAUCAUGAAACUUAUGUACAGCUAGAUGGUAAAAGUAAAAUCAUCAUGAACUACGCAUUCACGCCAGUCGCCUGCGACCCAGCGGCCU